CAAAUGAAAACAGGGGCAGUCUGGUCAUAACGUUCUAGUUUCAACGAGCAACACUUGGACACCCAACUCAAAAUACUUCUUUCUACAGUCAAGACAACUAGGCAUUGAUCGUCGUCUUCUUCUCACCAACACUUCACUAUCUUCGUUAUCCCCAAUUCGAACAUCUGAAUUCAAUCUCAGUUUCCAAAACCCUAACUCAAUCCUUUUGCUGUAUCGGCAAAUGGCUUGGCGGCCACAGGAGGAAGGUCUCGGAGAGAUAUGCGGUUUGCUGGAACAACACAUUUCUCCUACUUCGGAUAAGUCUGUGAUUUGGAAACAGCUUCAACAUUAUAAACAAUUCUCUGAUUUCAAUAACUAUCUCGCCUUCAUCUUUGCCCAUGCGGAGGGCAAAUCAGUUGAAAUUCGUCAGGCAGCUGGUCUACUGCUGAAAAAUAAUCUCAGAAGUUCUUUCAGAACUUUAGAUCCUGCACAUCAACAGUAUAUAAAAUCAGAAUUGUUGCCUUGUUUAGGAGCGGCAGAUAAGCACAUAAGAUCUACAGUUGGGACAAUUAUUACUGUUAUCGUCCAACAAGGAAGAAUUUUUGGUUGGCCGGAAUUGUUGCAAGCCCUUGUGCAUUGCUUGGAUAGUAAUGACCUCAACCUUAUGGAAGGUGCUCUGGCUGCUUUAUUAAAGAUUUGUGAAGACAUUCCACAAGAGCUUGAUUCAGAAAUACCUGGAUUAACCGAACGCCCCAUCGAUGCUUUCUUGCCCAGAUUGUUCCAGCUAUUCAAGUCACCUCAUGUCUCUAUACGGAAGCUUUCACUGGGAUCAAUAAAUCAGUUCAUUAUUCUGAUGCCCACUGCUUUAUUCAUGUCCAUGGAUCAAUGCCUCCAAGGUUUGUUUGUUCUUGCUCAUGACCCUAUUGCAGAGAUUCGAAAAUUGGUUUGUGCUGCUUUUGUCCAGCUGGUUGAAGUUCAGCCUGCUGUCCUGGAGCCACAUAUGAGGAAUAUAAUUGAAUACAUGUUGCAAGCCAACCAGGACGCUGAUGAUGAAGUUGCUCUUGAGUCUUGUGAAUUUUGGUCAACCUACUGUGAAGCGCAGUUAGAUCCUGAACUUUUAAGAGAAUUCUUACCACAUCUGAUUCCAGUUCUGUUGUCAAAUAUGGCUUAUGCUGAGGAUGAUGAGUCACUUGCUGAUGCAGAGGAGGACGAGUCUAUCCCGGAUAGAGAUCAGGAUCUGAAGCCUCGCUUCCAUUCAUCACGAUCACAUGGACUAGAUGAUAUGAAGGACGAUGAUGAUGAAGCUGUCAAUAUUUGGAACUUGAGAAAAUGCAGUGCAGCAGGUCUUGAUAUCCUUUCAGAUGUGUUUGGGGAUGAGAUUCUUCCAACAUUGAUGCCUUUAGUUCAGGCUAAGCUAUCCACCUCAGAUGCUAGGUCCUGGAAGGAAAGGGAAGCUGCAGUUUUAGCCCUUGGUGCCAUAGCUGAGGGUUGCGUUAGAGGUCUUUUCCCUCAUUUAGCAGAGAUUGUGGCUUUUCUCAUCCCCCUUUUAGACGAUAAAUUUCCUUUGAUACGAAGUAUUACUUGCUGGACCCUUUCUCGGUUUAGCAAAUUCAUUGUUCAGGGUGUUGGUCAUCAAAAAGGCUAUGAUCAGUUCAACCGGGUCCUCAUGGGUCUUCUACAAAGAGUCUUAGACACUAACAAGAGGGUACAAGAAGCUGCAUGUUCAGCUUUUGCUACUCUCGAAGAGGAGGCUGCAGAAGAGUUGACACCACAUGUAGCAAUCAUUCUACAACACCUUUUAUGUGCUUUUGGGAGAUAUCAGAAAAGGAACCUCCGAAUUUUAUAUGAUGCUAUAGGCACUUUAGCAGAUGCUGUUGGAGGAGAACUGAAUCAGUCCAGAUACCUUGAUAUUCUGAUGCCUCCAUUAAUUGCAAAGUGGCAGCUAGUUUCCAAUUCAGACAAAGACCUCUUUCCACUGCUAGAGUGCUUUACAUCUAUAGCACAGGCAUUAGGUACUGGGUUUUCGCAGUUUGCUGAACCAGUAUUCCAGAGGUGCAUAAGCAUCAUCCAAUCUCAGCUGCUAGCAAAGGCCUCGGUUGAUCCUCUGUCAGCUGCUGUUCAAUAUGAUAAAGAAUUCAUCGUUUGCUCUUUGGACUUGCUCUCAGGGCUUGCAGAAGGUCUUGGUAGUGGAAUUGAGAGCUUGGCUGCACAAAGCAAUUUAAGGGACCUACUUCUGCAAUGCUGUAUGGAUGAUGCUUCUGAUGUUUGUCAAAGUGCUCUUGCCCUUCUUGGGGACCUUGCAAGAGCCUGUCCAGUUUAUUUGCAUCCGCGUCUCUCUGAAUUCCUCAAUGUUGCAGCCAGACGAUUGAAUCCUCCUGAGGUAAAGGAAACUUUUUCAGUGGCAAACAAUGCAUGUUGGGCGAUUGGAGAACUAGCAGUGAAGGCUCACAAAGAAGUUUCCCCAAUUGUGAUGACAGUUGUCUCGUGCCUAGCUCCAAUCCUUCAACAGGCAGAGGGUUUUAAUAAGUCACUUGUGGAAAAUAGUGCCAUCACCCUUGGGAGGCUUGCUUGGGUCUGCCCAGAGAUUGUAGCACUGCAUGUGGAGCAUUUUAUGCAGUCAUGGUGUACUGCUUUAUCCACGAUACGUGAUGAUAUUGAGAAGGAAGAUGCCUUCCGUGGUCUAUGUGCAACUGUUAGAGCAAAUCCAUCCGGGGCUUUGAGUUCACUUGUGCACAUGUGCAAAGCUAUUGCAAGUUGGCAUCAUAUAAGGAGUGAGGAUCUGCACAAUGACAUCUGCCAAGUUUUGAAAGGAUUUAAGCAGAUGCUUAACAAUGGAGCAUGGGAACAGUGCAUGUCUGCAUUGGAGCCCCCAGAGAAGGAGAAACUGUUGAACUACCUAAUAUAACAUUGUUCAAUCAGGAGUUAUUUACACAUAGAUGCCCUUCUGCCAUCCACUAUGUGCUCCACGCUUCUUGGACCUUCUGCAGAUCCAAAGCUAAGUUUUGGUUAAAAAGUUCCUCAAGCUGAAACCAAUUUAUUCUCACAAGUUUCUUAUAAUGAAACCUGCCAGUUUGCACCUAUUUCAAAAUCGUCAACAGAGCGUUUAUGUAGAAAGACCAUCUGUUCAAGGAACAGCAGCAACAAAGUUCAAAUUGGGGAUGGGGGGAUAGGAGCCAGGUAGAUGCCAUUUUUCAAGCACUACACUGGCAGAUCUAUACCAUGUUUAUUUAUGGUUUAUAUCCUAAAUAGUUUAUACCAUAGCAGUGGGUAGGUUUUAGACCGUACCCCACUGAUUCUACUUUCAUGGGGUUUUGGUAUAGACCAUGGAAAGCUUCCCUUUUCUUAAUUUUGUAUUUAAUUGGGGGUGGAGGUUUUUCUUUAUUUUUUAUUUUUUUUAGUAUGCAACUGAUAUCAAAGGUAGCUUCCUGUUGUUGCUGUUAAUGGAGCCAUUGUCAAUAUCAUUUAGCCGUUGGGAAUUGUACAUUAGAUUUUAAUAAUGGGUGGUUAUUUCCAUUGUGUUAGUUCUGG